CCAGUUCUUGUGUGGAGAGGAGAGGGAGUGGACGUACGAAUUUAGUCACUCCGUGUCCUCAACGUCGCAGGAUCUUAAGAGGUGGCAAGUUGCAGGAGGCUUUGCAAUAGAGGACACAAGAUCUGAAGCGGCGACAGACACUCGCGUGGGUGCAUAGUUGGCACCUUCCCCGAUCUCUUCUCUUCUGACACCUUUUUGACACCAUCGUCAUCAUGCUGCGAGCUGUAAGGGUGGCACGAUGUUGUCCUGUGAUGCUGGACCACCUGGCCCGCUCCCAGGGCCGCACCGUGGCCCGCAUCGUGGCCCGGAAGGUCAACCGAGGCCAGCUAGGUCAGAUCAGGUCGCAGUCCAGCGCGGCCUCGACGACCUCGCUCCUGCCCUCGGCCGACGACUUCUGCGAUCGCCACAUCGGGCCGCGGAAGGACGACCAAGAAAAGAUGCUCGAGGCGCUGGGUUAUGAGUCGCUGGACGCCUUGACUGACGCAGCGGUGCCCGAGAACAUCCGACUCGGGAGGGACCUGAACGUGCAGAAUCCGAUGGGCGAGCACGCGCUACUCAGCAGGAUCAGGGAAAUCUCGGAGAAGAACGAAAUCUGGAGGACCUACAUCGGCAUGGGCUACCACAACUGCCGCGUCCCCCACGCCAUCCUCAGGAACAUCUUCGAGAAUCCGGGAUGGACAACACAGUACACGCCAUACCAGCCGGAAGUGGCCCAGGGUCGCCUCGAAUCCCUCUUGAAUUACCAGACGAUGGUGACUGACCUGACUGGCCUUCCGGUGGCUAACGCUUCCCUGCUUGACGAAGGCACAGCAGCUGCAGAAGCCGUUGGGUUGGCGUACAGGCAGAACAAACGGCGAAAAGUGUACCUGUCAGACAAGCUUCACCCGCAGACGCUCGCCGUGGUUCGAACCCGCGCCCUUCCCCUUGGCCUUGAAGUCCUCAUUGGCGAUGUAUUUGAUAUCGACUUCACCAAUCGCGAUGUCAGUGCCGUGCUUUUCCAGUAUCCAGACACUGAAGGAACCGUCAAUGACUUCACACAAGUUAUUGAAAAUGCGCAGAGCAAUGGAACAAUGGUAGUGUGUGCGACGGACCUCUUGGCUCUCACAGUCCUCGUUCCCCCCGGCGACCUCGGCGUGGACAUCGCCGUCGGGACUUCGCAGAGACUCGGGGUUCCUCUGGGCUACGGAGGUCCUCACGCCGGCUUCUUCGCCUGCAAGAACAAUCUCGUUAGGCUCAUGCCCGGGAGAAUGAUCGGUGUCACAAGGGAUGCAAAUGGGAAGGACUCUUACCGCCUGGCUCUUCAAACGCGAGAGCAACACAUUCGUCGUGACAAAGCCACCAGCAACAUCUGCACAGCUCAGGCACUGCUUGCAAACAUGUCAGCAAUGUUUGCAGUUUACCAUGGACCAAAAGGGUUAAAAAAUAUUGCUAAUCGCAUUCACAACGCAACAGUCAUUCUGUCAAGGGGCCUUCAGUCAGCUGGCCAUAUAAUUGAGAAUGAUAUCUUCUUUGACACUAUCAGGGUUAAUCCGACAUUGGCAACUAGUGAGAUCAGAAUGAGAGCUCAACAGAAAGAAAUUAACCUUCGUUACUUCAGAGAUGAGACGGUUGGAAUAGCCCUUGAUGAGACAGUAGAGAAGCAGGACUUGGACGAUUUGUUCUGGGUGUUCAACUGCAAGAACGUUACUGCAGACAAGGUCGCUAGCAAUCUCAGCGGUGCUGCUCUGCCCAAGGAACACAUCUCCAAUACAAAAUUUGCUCGCAAGUCGGACUUCCUCACCCACAGCAUAUUCAACACAUAUCAUUCUGAGGCCCAGUUGGUGCGCUACAUGAAGAUCCUGGAGAAUAAGGAUGUUUCUCUUGUACAUUCCAUGAUCCCCCUAGGCUCUUGUACGAUGAAGCUAAACAGCACAACAGAGAUGAUGCCGUGCAGCUUCCCACACUUCACAGAAAUCCAUCCAUUUGUACCACCAGAGCAAGCACUUGGUUAUCGGCUUCUGUUUGAGGAGCUUGAACAUGACCUAUGUGAGAUCACGGGUUAUGACAAAAUUUCAUUCCAGCCAAACAGUGGAGCUCAAGGAGAGUAUGCAGGUCUUCGAGCCAUCAUGUCAUACUUGGAUGCGCGUGGUGAGGGACACCGCAAUGUGUGCCUGAUUCCAACUUCAGCCCAUGGUACAAAUCCUGCCUCAGCACAGAUGGCAGGAAUGAAAGUAGAAGCUGUGAAUGUUGACAAGGAAGGGUCCAUUGAUUUCAGACAUCUUACUGCCAAGAUUGAGAAACAUCGUAAGAACUUGGCAUGCCUGAUGAUCACAUAUCCUUCUACCAAUGGUGUAUUUGAAGACACUGUAAAAGAUGUUUGCCAUAUGGUUCAUGAAGCUGGUGGUCAGGUGUACUUGGAUGGAGCAAACAUGAAUGCCCAGGUGGGUCUGUGUCGGCCAGGAGAUAUUGGAGGAGAUGUAUCCCAUCUUAAUUUGCACAAGACCUUCUGCAUCCCUCAUGGUGGAGGAGGACCUGGCAUGGGACCCAUUGGAGUGAAGGCCCACCUGAUUCCAUACUUGCCAAGUCACCCCAUUGUUGACCCAAUGGCCUUAAUGAAGAAGAAAGCUCGCAGUUUUGGCGUUGUGUCUGCAGCUCCCUAUGGUUCAGCUGCUAUCCUUCCAAUCUCUUGGGCCUAUGUCAAGAUGAUGGGUCCAAAGGGUUUGAGGGAGGCUACUCAGGUUGCUAUCUUGAAUGCUAACUACAUGGCAAAUCGCCUCAGAAAAUACUACAAGGUGCUGUACACUGGAAAUUGUGGAUUAGUUGCUCAUGAAUUCAUCCUUGAUAUGCGAGAGUUUAAGAAGACAGCUGGAAUUGAAGCUACAGACAUUGCAAAGCGUCUUCAGGACUAUGGUUUCCAUGCACCGACAAUGUCCUGGCCUGUUGCUGGUAGUUUGAUGGUAGAGCCAACGGAAUCCGAAGACAAAGCAGAGUUGGAUCGUUUCUGUGAUGCAAUGAUCUUAAUUCGAGAAGAGAUCAGAGACCUGGAGGAGGGCAGGAGUGAUCCCAAGUGCAACCCCCUCAACAUGUCACCCCAUCCCCUAGUAACUGUCACUUCUUCAAACUGGGACCGUCCAUAUUCCCGAGAGCAAGCUGCCUUCCCUGCUCCAUUUGUGCGGCCAGAGAGCAAAUGGUGGCCAACUGUGGGACGCAUUGAUGACAUCUAUGGCGACCGUAACCUGGUUUGUACCUGUCCGCCCAUGGAGACUUACUGCUCACCCUUUGACGAUUAAACUUGCUUGAACCUUGUGUUUUGUAAACACCUAAAAUUCAUCAUAUUUGCAGGAGAAAAGAGAAAAAAAAGAGGAGGGAUUUUAUAUUUUCUUUUUCUAUGUAUAACUUGAUAUAGAUUUGUCUGCAAGUUUAUGAAACCCAAAUAUUAAAACUCAAAAAAAUUCAUCCCACUUAUGUAUAACUACUCUGAAUCACAUCAGUUAUAAAGUCAUGAAAGUUAUAUUAUAUAGCACCAGAAACAUAUAAAUAGGCAAUAUGUCAUCAUUCACUUUCAUCUAUCUUCAUAGAAAGUCUAUUAUUACAGGUGCAUUUUUUAAUACACUGUGUAGGCUACACUAGGACAACUACUUUGUGAUUAAACUGGACUUCAUUUUAUCUGUAAAGAAAGGCUAUUAUUAAGAUUCUUUUAUACACCAUGUCUAAUAAGUUUGUAGUAAAUAAAUUGAACCUCCUUUUGAUAAAUAGAUUGACAUAUAUAUUUCCUGUUAGUAAUUAAUUUGUUAAUAUCUGUGUUCUUAACUUCAUAAAAAGGUGUAUAUGACUAUUUACAUUCAUUGGUAUGUACUGGAUUCACUACAGUGUGGUGAUAUUUUCCUAUUUUUAAUAAAAGUAGAAUGAAU